AUGACAGCGGCUCCGGCGUCUCCGCAGCAGAUCAGGGACCGGCUGCUGCAGGCCAUCGACGCCCAGAGCAACAUCCGGAACAUGGUGGCGGUGCUGGAAGUCAUCUCCAGUCUGGAGAGAUACCCCAUCACCAAAGAGGCGCUGGAGGAGACGCGGCUGGGGAAGCUCAUCAACGACGUCCGAAAGAAGACCAAGAACGAGGAGCUCGCCAAGCGGGCCAAGAAACUGCUGCGGAGCUGGCAGAAGCUCAUUGAGCCCGUGCACCCAGGCGAGGCGGCACUGCGAGGGCUGCCUGGCACUGCAGGCUCUGCCAAUGGCGGCGCCCACAACUGCCGAGCAGAGGCAGGGGCAGCGGCUGGACCCCGGAGCAUACAUGACCUGAAGAGCCGAAAUGACAUCCAGAGGCUACCCGGGCAGCGGCUGGACAGGCGGGGCAGCCGAAAGCGCCAGGGGGACCAGCGAGACCUUGGCCAUCCUGGGCCACCACCUAAGACCGCUAAGACCAGCCAUGAGCCCCUGGCCCCCAACUCAUCACCCCUGCCCACGAAUGGGAUCAGUGGGAGCCCUGAGAGUUUCACUGGUCCCCUGGACGGCAGCGGGCACACAGGCCCCGAGGGCAGCCGUUUGGAGCCCAGCGAGAACGACAAGCACAGCGGCUGGAUCCCAGUCAACGCCGUGAGGCCACAUACCAGCUCACCGGGCCUGAGUCUGGGGGCCAAAGCUGCCUCAAUGCAGCCACUGGACAGAAUGGAGGAGACCCCAGCAACACCCCACCCCAGGGGGGCCUCUCGCUGCUCCUUCAGCCCUCGGAACUCGCGGCAAGAGGGACCCUUUGUUCGGCAGCGGAGCCCAUAUGUGCCCAAAGGCUCAGCACCCAGCCCCUCACCACGGCCCCCAUCACUGGAGGCCACACAGGCGCCUUCGCCACUCCCUCUGGCCCAGCCUCCCACACCCCCAGUCCGGCGACUGGAGCUACUGUCCAGUGCAGAGAGUCCAGGCCGCUGGCCUGACCAGCCUGAGGGCCACCAGAGGCUGGCAGGGCUGGGCUGUAAGGCGGGGCUGCCAACUGCUGAGCCACCCCUGUUGCCAAGGGCAGGCCUAUCCCCAGACUCCUCCCGGGCGGACAGCGAUGCUGCCUCCUCAGGUGGCUCAGAGAGCCGGAAGAAGAAGCGGUACCGACCGCGAGACUACACAGUGAACUUGGACGGGCAGGGGCCUGAAGCGGGCGUCAAACCCGUGAGGUUAAAAGAGCGGAAGCUCACCUUUGACCCCAUGACAAGACAGAUCAAACCCCUGACCCAAAAGGAGCCCGUGCAGGCAGAGAGCCCCGCACGCACUGAGCCACCGCGAAUGGAGCCGGAUGCGCCCGAGCCUAAGGGUGGCCUGCAGAGCCCCUUUGAACAGACGAACUGGAAGGAGUUGUCACGCAAUGAGAUGAUCCAGUCUUACCUGAGCCGGCAGAGCAGCCUGCUGUCAUCGUCGGGUGCGCAGACGCCGGGUGCACACCACUUCAUGUCCGAGUACCUUCGGCAGGAGGAGAGCGCCAAGCGGCACAGUGCCCGUGAGACACAUGUGCUAGCACCACACAGCCCGCCUGCGGACCUGCCAGGGUGCACGCGUGAGGUCACACAGGACGACUUGGAGCGCAUCCAGGCCCACCAGUGGCCGGGUGUGAACGGGUGUUAUGAUACACAGGGUACCUGGUAUGAUUGGACGCAGUGCAUAGCGCUAGACCCGCAUGGUGACGAUGGGCGCCUGAACAUUCUGCCUUACGUCUGCUUGGACUGA